AGAUUGACUAGAUUGCUGUUUCAACAGGAACACAUCCGUCUCCUGCACGCUCCUCCUCAGCUGCUUCUAGCCGCCGUUCGCGAGACGGUAUGGCCCGUAUCGGGGCGCACGCUUGCGCGUACCGUAUCGCAGCAAUGCGUGACCUGUCGCCGUGCAGCUGGCAACACUUCUGCUCCUUUGAUGGGCGCUCUGCCUUCUCAGCGCGUAACGCCUGAUUUUCCUUUCAUUAGUGUCGGCGUAGACUUCGCUGGGCCCUUUAUGAUUACAGACAGGCAUGGCAGAGGUUGCAAAAUAACAAAGUGCUAUUUAGCUAUAUUUGUUUGUUUCCGGUACAAAUGUUUGCAUUUAGAGGCAGUAAGCACGCUGUCGACGGAUUCGUUCAUACUUUCGCUGCGACGUUUUAUCUCUCGUAGAGGGCGACCUCGCGAAAUAUUCUGCGAUAAUGGACGUAAUUUUGUAGGAGCGGCCAAGGAAAUUAGCGAUUACCUUACUUCAAACUCAGACACGGUUUGCAAUUUUGCAGCAAAUGAGGGAAUACAAUUUAAAUUCCAACCGGCAUAUGCUCCUCACUUUGGUGGUUUGUGGGAAGCAGGAGUCAAAUCGGCAAAAUUUCACCUCAAUCGUAUAUUAGGUAACGCUCAUUUAACCUAUGAAGAAUUGGCAACUCUCUUUAGUCAGGUAGAAUCUAUCCUUAACAGUCGUCCUUUAUGUCCUUUGUCGUCCUCACCAAACGAUUUCCAACCCUUAACCCCAGGUCACUUCAUCAUCGGCCGCGCGCUCACUUCGUUGCCGUCGCCCCACCUCGCGGAUAUAAAUCCAAACCGUUUAGAUAGGUUUCAGAGGCUCGAGGCAUUAAGACAGCACUUCUGGCGGCGCUGGCAAUUGGAAUACGUCUGCGAGCUCCAACAACGGACGAAGUGGCGUGUUCCAGGACGAGAUCUUCAACUGGGUGACCUGGUCCUCAUCAAGGAAGAGAAUACUCCUCCCCUACACUGGCGGCUUGGACGAAUCGCCAAAUUGUUUCCUGGCGCCGACGGGAUUUCGCGAGUGGCCGAAGUUGCCACAGUAACGGGCACUUAUAAACGAGGUGUGAAGUACCUCUGCCCACUGCUGGACGACACUCAUGAAGCCUUGAAGGCUGACGCCUCCAAGGGCCCCCAGGAUGUUGCGGCUCCUACCAACGAAGGGGAAGCGGGGACCGUACACCACUAAACCAGUUGGCCCAUCAGCCGCGCCCCCCGCCGUCUCUAUAGACGCCUAGCGAGCCAUUAGGCUCUGAGAUACACGCUCAUGUGCGCGUCACA